CUAAUUAAAUGUAUUGUACGGUUAAAUGAGAAAGGAAACAAUUUAAUAUGACUUUGACAUUGACAGCGGUUUGUUGAUUAUCCGUUAACCUCAAAAUUAAGUGAAAAAUAUUUUUCAGCAGGAGCACCAUACAAUGUGAGCAUUCAAGAUGGUGAUGCACCGGGCUCUCUUCACAUGGUUCCUCCUGCUGAUAUUCUUUGUGUUCCUCUGUGUGAGACUGGAGGCUCGCAUCCACUGGAACUGGUUCCUCAUCUUCAUCCCCAUGUGGGUGUUCGACGUGAUCGUGUUCGUGGACGCGCUCGUCAAUAUCGUCAUACACUGCAAGCAUAAAGUACUGAAGAAUGUUCUGAUGAACAAGAACAAUUACAUUCUGAUUGUGGUGCUGCUGAAGAUCGCCACGCAAAUUCUGAUCUGUCUGAAGCUCGAAUACAGAGCCCUGAAUCUGGAAAUCUAUCAUGUAUUCAUCCCGUUUUGGAUCCUGCUGCCACUCGUCAUCAUCGACGUCUCCAUAAGUCUGUUCAAGUCUGCUGAGCUAUGCUUAUAGUAUUUAAUUGAGAACAAAGGAUAGUUUUUAUUUUUUUAUAUAUAAUUUGUAAUUGUAAACAAUAAAUGAAAAAGAGAACAAACA